UACUUACUAUUCAACGGUUUUGAGACAUGUUACAAUUUAGUUCACAAAGUUCAGAAAAACUGUCUGGCAUUGACUACGAAGUGCGGUUUUUGCAACCCUGCCUUAGCCACCAGAAUAGAUCAGUAGGCAAACAUCACGCUUAAUAGUAACUACGGUCUCAACCUUAUACCUAUAACAACUGCUCGUAUAGUGAUCUAAAAUUAAAAACAGGUCAUUCCUAUCGGAAAUGGCGAUUGCAAUGAUCACAGUAUAUUAUAGGAAACUAUAUACCGUAUAACAUUUUUUUUUCUUUUUUUUUCCCACAAUUGCAGAUGCCAUUUUCUGUGGAGAUGAGCCUUGCACAUGCGUGGAAGGGUACGAGAAGCACGGAGAGAACUGCUUUCCCAUCAACAAUUGUGAGAUUAGUAACGGCGGUUGCCUGGGCGAGGCCGAGUGUGUUUAUACAGGCCCUGGUACAAGCAUGUGUGUAUGCCCACCCGGGUAUCAGCUCGACUCAGAUGGAACAAAUUGUGACCAAUGCCUAGAUAACAACUGCUACAGUCAGUGUCAGUUUGUAGAUGAUGAUGAACUUAAGAGUGUCACAAGCCUCCAGACCCAUGUUGAGAUUCGAUUCCUGAAUAUCAAGACAUCAGAUUUGUUGCCAUAUAUAGGAGAAACUACCACUGAACUCGUUGUUUAUGCGCAGCAAAUAACAAUAUCUGGGGUUCUAACUCUACCAAGUGGUGUAGAUAAAGUUGCCUUCUUUUCCAAUGAGAUUCUGAAAGAAAACGGAGCACAAAUUGUACUGUGGAAUAACGCGUCACAUGCUACCGAAAUAACAGGUCGCCGUGCAGUUGUUAAAGUUGAAAACAACAAACUCUUGUGUGAUAACCGUUAUUCAGCCAGUAAUCCAUGGCCAGGAAAUGUGAAAGGGACUGUUUUUAAUAUCUAUACAUCUAAAACAUCAGCACCUUUCUCAUGCUCUGGAAACUACAACACCAGAGAUAUUUCAAUACAAGCUGCUUUAAAAUCUAAACAAAAUCCAAAGAAAUCUCUCGAUGCUGAACUGUACUCCCUGAUUCUAAAUUGUGCUAAGAUCAUGGCUCAGGGAACCCCGUUUUCAAAGGAGGGCAAGUUGCUCAAAGGAAGCCUUCCUGUUACAUUAAUUGAGUAUGUUUUAGAUGAAAUUCGAACGGCUAAGAAGGAACAACUAGAUACAAACUCUGUAAAUGCGUUAAGACUGAAUGCAAAAAACUUGAUGGAGGAUCUUUCCCUUCGUGCUCGCGGAUAUUACAGAGUACCUUACCUGUCGCUGAAAGCACAUGAAAAGAUUCUUAUCCUCAUAAAGGAUGACGCUAAAAUGGCCAUACAAAAAUACGAAAGGUUCGAGAGAAUAUCCCAAGAUUUUGCAGCAGGGAUUGAAGCCACAGAUUCCAUGACGGAACUGAUGACAACCAUCGUGAGGAAGAACGACCUGGACGUUGCAGCUCUUGAAACAGAACUUGAGGCAGCAAAAGCAGAUUGUCAAGCAAUGAAGAACAAACUUGAAGAUGCAAAAACAGCUUUAGAUACUGCUAAAGCUACAUUCGAGGCAGGAGUGCGAGCGUACUCAAACCAGCAGAUUGCUAAUGCAGUGUUCUCUGUGCUUGGAGGAAUUACAACGAUAUUUGCUGGUGGGGCUGGCGCGUUUAUGGGUUUUACAAUUGAACUGGGUUCUUUAGCUACCGACAUAAGUAAAAUUCAGAAGACUCUUUUCAAGCUAAGCAUUAUUAUGGACUCCAUUUCCAAGAUAACCGAAGCUGCAAAUACGUUCACGGACCUUCAUUAUGACGUCUUACCCUAUGCCGGCACUGAAAUUUCAGAUUACUAUUCUAAAUCUAUGCCCGAGAAAAAAGACCAGAGUUUGGCGGUGAUGGUAAAAGAGUGGGAUGUCUUUGCCGCAGAGGCAGAUGCAUUUCUUGGAGUUGGAACAGCUAGCGGGAUAUCAGGAGCAUCAGAUUACUUAGCAGCGCUUAAGACAGUGGCAAUCUGGGGGAAAGGAUAUCACGAAAAAUCUAUCACUGUUCAAGAGCUUCUAGCAACGUUGACGAAGCUAAAGACACUUAAGAAUGAACAACAUGAAGCACAGGCGAAGAUAAAAACAUCUCGAGACAAUGCACUAUCUCUUAGAACGGUCAAUGGAGAAUUGCUAAUAGAAAUGGCGCUACAAAAACAACGACUUCGUAACAUAAUGGUUGAAAAGCUAAUGUCCUUCUGCGAUUCGUAUUUCUACAACUGGUUGUCGGAAUGUCCCGUGAUGCCUACCAUGUCAGAUGACUUGUACGCUUUACACGAGAAAGUCAAUCAGGGUCUAAGCGCUGUUAUCAACGCUGUUGAAAAUUUUGCACCUUUCAUUCCUCAGGAGUUUGAAGCAACCAUAAUCCUUGCGGACGAUAGCCAGGAGUGCAAUAGUGUUGGCAAGCGGUCGCUGAGAGGUCGAAAGAGGCAACAUAACGAGAGGAGGUCUGCUUGUGGAGUGAACCAGUUGGCUCUGAACACACUCAAAUGCCCAAUCUCAGAGCUCAAGCGUGCUAAAGGCUUUCUAUUCAAGCUUGAUGAGAACGACUCGGACAUGUUUAAGGGUCACGAACGGGUCCACGUGGACGAGAUUGAGAUCUAUUAUGAAGGGGCCCAAUUUGACCAAAAUGGGUCACCUGGAGCAAAGACAGCCAUCACGACAUGGAUUUCCUUUACCGGAAUGAUGACAGAUGUAUUUAGGGGAAGACGUUAUGAGUUCCUUGCCCCUCCCCGAAUAACAGAGUUCUCUUACAAGAUAAAAACAGAUAACACCUACGAAGUAACGCAGUCUGGAAAAGUAAGCAGCAAAUAUCAAGAAUACUACGACGGAAUCGCCGCCAUUACCACCUGGAGUGUUAGCCUUCCUGCCUCGCUGAAUAGCCCCAACCUAAAUUUAGACGGGGUAAACCAGAUUAAGAUAAAACUCAAAGGGACGCGAGUACCUAUACAACCGGUGGGAAGUGGUGAUGACGAUUUAGGCCAGGUUCAGGGAGUUGCAAAGAUGGAGAAAGGAAGACGUCACAAGAGGAAGGAGACGCACGAUCGCAAAGCAUCAUAA